AUGGCUUCGAGUUCCCGCGAGGGCCAGUCUCCUGGACGCGGAACGUCGCAAGAUGGUCCUGUCGCCAUCAGCAGAGACGAGCUUUCACUGAGAGAACAUGCAGAAGCUUUACCUGCGGCUGUGCUCGUGGAAGAAUUUUCAGCGGCAAACGCUGGUGGACGUAGCAGCAGGGAUGGAGAUCGAUUUGAACCCAUCAAGGCGAAUCGCGAUGUGGAAAGUGGAUCGCCAUCCCUCAAGAGCCCCACUCUAGACGACUCGCACGCAGCUUCGAUGAGCGAUUCCGAGCAGAACAAUUGGAAUCGGCAUCAGAGACAUCAGCAAGCAGGCGUGUCAAAAAUGGAAGCGCUCUACAGAGUGUUUGGCGGAAACAGAGCGCUCGUAUGGAGCUUGUACGUGGCCGUGGCUGGUGAGCAUCUUGUCGGCCAUGGAUCUUAGCAUCGCAUACCCCAACUCACCAGUGCGCCAUCCUCAACUUGCAGCCAUUGUCAUGUGCUUCUGCUUCGACGGCAGCACUACCAGCCAGUACCAGAUCUACGGCGCUUCUUCAUUUGGCGAGCAUGCCUUCCUGUUGAGCUUCAUUGAUACCGCAGAGUCAAUCAUUAGUGAGUCUUCGCUGCGCACGAACGAAACAGCGUCAGGCAGGACCCUGACAAAGAAACGCGCGCAUCCCAUGCCGCCUGUCAGUUGCCGUUUCCAAGCCUUUCAUUGCCAAGGUCUGCGACGUGUCUUCGCGACAAACGGCAUAUCUGAUGAUUUUGGUCUUCUACGUCGUUGGCUACGCCAUCGUCGCAGCUUCGCCCACUGUAGGCGCUUUCGCAGCUGGAAGAAUUAUUAGCGCAACCGGUCAAGCAGGCUUGGACCUCGUUACAGACAUCAUCGUGGCCGAUAUCAGCCCACUGCAAUGGCGUGCUCUUGUCACUGCUGCUACUUCUUCCCCCUACCUGUUCCUGUCGUGGAUCGGGCCCAACGUCUCUGGCCCCUUGAUCGCUCACGAUCCACCUCUUUGGCGAUGGGGAUUCGGCAUGUUCUGCAUCAUGUGAGUUGGGUUGCGAUUUUCUAAGUGGCACACCUUGCUGACUUCUCUGCUCCCUUCUUCCCCUUAGUGCGCCUGUAUGCGUCAUGCCUGCCGUCAUCAUCAUGUAUAUCGCAGAGCGAAAGGCCAAGAAGAAUGGCCAGCUGGCUUUCGGUGCCAGUCUAUACGAGCGCCGCUUGAUCGCAGCAGAUGGAAGUCUAGUCAACAAGGAGAGCAAACUAUCCGUGCUACGCCGGUUCGCCGUCGAGAUGGACCUGAUUGGUCUCUUCCUCUUGACACUUUCAUGGUGUCUCAUCUUCUUGCCUUUCAGUCUCGCUUCGAGGGCAAAGGGAAAGUGGGCCAAUCCGUCAAUCAUCGCCAUGCUGGUCUGCGGCUUUGUCAUUCUGGGCAUGUUUGCAGCGUGGGAGAUUUGGGGCGCAAGUCAGCCCAUAAUGAACAGGCGUAUCCUCAAGAAUCGCACAUUUCAAUUGGCAGUCACCAUCGACAUCUUCUACUUCUUGACCGGAACACUGCGCUCGACUUACUACAGCUCAUACGUAUACGUCGUCAAGCAGUGGACGGAAAUCAAUUGGGGAUACUAUAUCAACAUCAGCACGUUUGGUCUCACCCUGUUCGGCCUCUGUGCUGGAGUUCUGCUGCGCAUUACUCAUCGGUACAAGUACCUCCAGGUAUUUGGUCUGACUAUUCGACUGGUUGGCAACGGCGUUGCGUUGUGGGCAAGGGGAGCAAACGCCAACAAUGCCGCCCUCAUCUGGGUACAGAUCCUCAUCGCCCUCGGCGGCUCUUGCUCCGUUGUCGGUACACGAGUGGCCUCUCAAGCAAGCGUCCCUCAUCAGGACCUUGCUUCAGUGAUCGCGCUGCUCAGCCUCUGGAGCAAACUCGGUAGCAGUGUUGGCAGCGCCAUUGCGGGAGCUGUCUGGGCCGGCACGAUGAGGGACUAUAUGCGCGAGGAAGGCGUACCACCAAACCUCAUCAAUUCUCUGUACGGAAGCGUCAAGAAUGCGCGGAAAAACUACCCACUGGAAGAUCCGAUUCGACAAUCCGUCAUUCGCGCGUACAACCGCACGGUGUAUCCUCUCUUCCUCGCCGCCACUAUCGUGUCGGUCGUGCCACUGCUCGCAGGCCUGUUCAUGCCAAACUACUACCUCGGCAAAUCGCACAACAAGAUCGAGAACACCGAUGUGGGCGGAAGACGUGUCGCCGGCGAGGGUCCCGGCAACGAUCCUACCACCGCACCAGGCGAAGCUCCGGGCGUUGUGGCUGAGCCUGAGAGGCCCAAGAGCAGGAUUCGCCGCGUGUUUGAAAUCGCUUUCAAACAGUGA